CGGUCAGGUUGGAAGUCUGAAAGUCAUUUAGAACAACGAGUACUUGUAGCUCCUCGCAUUAUGAACCAAUUUCUCAUCAUAAAACUGAUCUUCCUAAAGCUGCUUGCUGUGAACUGUCAAGACAUUAGCACGGGUCGCAUCAUAGGAGGCUAUGUCCCUGCGCCUCAUUCAAUCAGGUACAUCGUGUCAAUACAGACGACAGGAGGGGCACACUUUUGUGGAGGAUCGUUAAUAAACAGAUAUUGGGUUUUGACGGCAGCCCACUGCAAUAUUGGAUGUGACCAGAUGGUAAUAGUUGCAGGAGACUAUUCACUUAAUACGUAUGACGGCACUGAGCAAUACUUUCAACCUCUGCGUAUGAUCUCUCAUCCACAAUACGACAACAAAACCAACAAUGCAGACAUAAUGCUCAUUAAGCUCAAGAAGCCGGUGAAACUCAAUGGCUAUGUUACGAUUGUGGCUCUGCCUCGCCAUGAAGCUUCCCUUUCUGAAGGGCGUGUCUGCAGGGUGUCAGGGUGGGGCUACACCAGCACUGCAGGAGGACAGAUUCCCAACACACUGAGGACUGUCAAGCUACCCAUCGUGUCAUCCUCCAGGUGUAACAGCACAGAGGCUUUUAAUGGAAACAUUACAUACAGCAUGAUCUGUGCCGGCUAUAGCUUAGGAGGCAAGGAUGCAUGCAAGGGGGACUCAGGCGGUCCGCUGGUUUGUGAAGGCCGGGUAUAUGGCAUUGUGUCCUGGGGAAACGGCUGCGCGGACCCUCGAUACCCUGGAGUCUACACAGCUGUGGCUGCAUUUAGAAGAUGGAUCGACAGAACUAUCUUCAGCUCCAAUGGCAGAUGUCCCCAGCAGUAGCUUAGUAUUUGUGUACUGUGAAAGUAAAGUGAUCCAGGAAACAGGUACAGGUUUCAUUGAAGGGAAAUAAAGCGAAUGUAAAAAGCAACUCAGAAGGAUAACUCUGAACUGUUGCUUAGUUCUUUUUACUAGGUGUAUAAUUACAUAACAAGUUUCAAAAGGUGCAAAUUUCCCUACCUUGAAAAGCCUGCCCUGUUACUUUCUGCAAUUUUGUUUUAAAAUAAAGUAUUUUGUCAAGUGAACUUUUAUAUGGUUCUGUAGCGAAAUCCAGGGCAGAAAUGAAUUUAGGACUGCUUCGCAGUAUCCAGUGUAAAAUGUAUUUCUAUCAUAUGCAUGCAGACAAGCAUUGUGGAAACAAGUGUGUUCUUCUACUUGAUCCAGUAUCAGUCUAGCACAUGAUGACACUGGGAAGGUAUGCGCUGGGAUGUUUCCUAGCAACCUGAAAAAAAAAAUCUCUUAUGUUCUUACAUACCUUAUCUUAAGAUCGGUUCAAAUAAGGAUCUGUGAAGUCAUACAAUAGAAACCAUGAGCUAGAUUUCUUUAUACAUUUUUGUUUGUGUUAUAACAUUAAAACAAUGAUAUUAUUAAGAUGAUUGGUAAAAUAGAUUUGUGUCCGUUGUCUAAUUUAGUUUUUGUUUAGACAUACUUAUAUCCUAUAAACAAAGUCAUUUUUAAAGGAUUAAAUACAGUUCUCUAUGGAUUUAAUGUUGGAUUUAAUAGACUGUAACUCAGUAAACCAGCAACAGUGUAGAACACUCCCAUGAGUAUUAAACAUGGUCAUUUAACCAAAGAGCAGUCUUUAAUAACUCCUGAGUGAAAGCUGUGUGAAUGGAAUUCCUUUCACUCAGUAGCCAGGCAUGACCUUCUGUUGCAAUGCUGUACUCGGCCUGUGUAGCAAACUCUACACUAACACCUUCUCCUGGAUUCCUGUAUAAUUAUAGAAAGAAAUAAUUGAAAGAAACAGGGUGAGGGAAAGCAGGGCCACUAAAGGGAAACUUUGCAUCUAUAGUUUAUAGUAUAUAGCAAUUAGGUUUCAUGGUGAGAUUAACAUUGAUUCACACUCACGUUGGGUAACCUGCUGACUGCAAAUUUGCCAUAUUUGAGGUAAAAACAGUCGACUCGUCAACACAUCAAUAAAUCAAUAAAUCAAUAAAUAAAUAAAUAU